ACUCUGCCGCAACUUCCGAUCGAGGUGUGGGAGAACGUGGUCAACCAUCCGUGGGACGACCAGCGUGCUUUGAAACGAUGCGGCCUCGUCUGCCGAGCAUGGUACCCUCCCCGUCGCUUCCACUUGCACAGACGGAUCACGAUCUGGAGUGCCAAGGGUGUGAAGGCCUAUGCGACGGUGCUGAAGCAGACACCCGAGCUGUCGAAGUGGGCACACGAUAUGACCAUACGGGGCAAUCGGCUAGUCGCCUAUCUGUCAGCACUGUCGACGGCGGCGAUUUUGCUCGCUCCCAAGCUGCCCCGGCUGGAGCAACUCACAAUA